AUGAGCUCACGUCAGCACUCUCCGAAGGCGUCCAAGCCGUUUGCGAAAUCACCGACGCUUUGGCUCGCCGGAGUCUCUCGCUCGUUGGAGGAACCGAAAAAUAGAAGAGCAGUGUUUUCUAUUUUAGCACUUUUGACUGGAUUAGUUGCGCUCACGGCGUUAUUUGAAACCGAAAACCAACUGUUUCCGGUGCAACGAUCGCUCAUUCCCAUCAACGCGGACCAAAUUUACAGAAGAGUGUGGAACGAUCCGUGGAACUCGGGCACUUCGAGCGCGUCGUCGAAAUCAUCGGACGGAAGCAACAACACAUUUACGACGAGACAAUCAAAACCGAAAGUUAUCAUCGAAGGGAAGCGCGAUAAAUCGAAUCAAAAAGAUCUCACUCGUUCCUGGCAAGGCGUGUUGUCCGUUGUCGUUUUUGUUUGCGGGUACGCACUCGCCAUCGCCGAGGAAUCGAUCGGACGCGGAUUUAAGAAAUCGAUUCCCAUUACCGUCGCCGCUGGGAUCAUCUGGGUAUUAGUCGCCUUGGGUUAUCGCGAUAAAGGACAUGCCGUCGCUCUGGUGACGCAAGCCGCUCGACAUAAUCUCACAGAGUUUGUCGAAGUGUUUCUGUUUCUUUUAUGCGCCAUGACUUUCAUUAAUACGAUGACUCAGCUCAACGUUUUCGCGCGCAUUCGCUCCUGGUUACAAGAGAGUGGAUUUUCGUAUCGCAGUUGCUUCUGGGUCACUGGAACUGUUGCUUUUUGGCUGUCGCCAAUUGCGGAUAACCUAACGACCGCCGUUCUGAUGGGUGCAGUCGUCUCAGCUGUAGGUAAAGGCGAGCCAGAGUACGUGGCAAUGUGUUGCGUGAACAUCGUCGUCGCCGCAAAUUCUGGCGGAGCAUUUAGUCCCUUUGGUGAUUUGACGACGCUCAUGGUGUGGCAGCGAGGCACACUGUCACUCGCAGAUUUUCCUCGUCUUCUUAUUCCGAGCAUAGUCAACUGGGUCGUUCCGGCGUGUUUGAUGCACCCGUACGUUAAAGAUGGUGCGCCCCAGAAAGCGUCAGAGGAAGAUCUUGCGAGUUCGCGCUUGAAACCAGGUGCCGUUGAAGUCAUCUGUUUAUUUCUGGGGACAGUCGUCAUGACGGCCAUGUUUCACUCCUACGCGCACCUUCCACCUGUUUUGGGCAUGAUGACCGGUUUAGGAUUGCUUAAACUGUUCGGAUGGAGUCGGACGUCAAAGACUUCCUCCCAAAGAGGAACUAUGAGCGACGACGCUGGGGGAGGUAAUUAUAGUUUAGAAAUGGAUGGAGUGCUGAACCAAAAGGAUGACUUGGAGUACGCGCGAACGAAAAAAGGGAACGAUAGAGCUUUAGAUAUUUUUAAGCGAUUAGAACAAACGGAGUGGGAUACGUUAAUUUUUUUCUACGGCGUGAUCAUGUGCGUCGGAGGCUUAGGUGUCUUAGGAUAUUUAGAACUACUUUCGCACAACUCGUUUCGCGUUUUGGGGGCAAACGCGGCGUGUAUUCUCAUUGGAUUAUUGAGUGCGGUCAUUGAUAACAUACCGAUGAUGUAUGCGGUUUUAUCCACCGAACCAGCCAUGUCAAAAUCCGAAUGGCUGCUCAUCACCCUCUCGGCGGGAGUCGGUGGGAGCUUAUUUUCAGUCGGCUCUGCUGCGGGCGUAGGUUUGAUGGGUGUUUCGCACUCGUACACCUUUUUAUCUCAUCUCAGAUGGACUCCAAUCGUGCUGGUUGGAUACUUUGCGUCUAUUUUAACCCACUUUAUGGUAAAUGGAAUGUAG